UUUUUAUGUAAGGGGAUUUUUUCUUAUUGGGGGGGGUUGUUAAAAAAUAAAUAUAAGGUCGGCCAUCUUUGUUGCGUUGCCUAGUGUAAAAUAUUCCAAACGCCCCCCACUCUCCUGGUCCGAUUUGAAUAUUAAAUAAACAUCCCAUAAUCCAGGGAGAAACCCGCUUUCUGGACCCGGGAGCGGGACCCGAUGAGAGGAUUAUGAUGUCCUCUCCUCUCCGCUCCUCCGAGGAGGACGAGGCGCUGCGCUCCGAGGGAGGAGGAGGGUUCGAUGAGGACCGGGACGAGGAGCGGGACCCGGGCGGAGACCAGCACGAGGACCCGCCGGACUGGGACUGCGGCGGCGACAUCAAGCCCCCGGCGGCGCUCGCGCCAGAGGAGAAGGCCCCGGACAGGGCGGGCCCCGUCCGGAAGAAAGGACGUCCGAAGAAGAAGAAGGAGCCCAAGACCAAGGAAGAGGGGAAGCCCGCCAAGCCCAGGAAACGCAAGAAGAUCGCCGCUCAGGACAGCGACGUAGAGCGCGAGUCGGAGCGAGAGCGCGACUUCGGUCAGAACUCGGACAGCGUGGCUAGCGACUAUGGGUCCGGGGAGAGGAAGAAGAAGAGGAAACACAAGGAGAAAGGAGAGAGGAAACACCAAGAAGAAGAAAAAGACGACGCCCGCGCCGACAGCAGCCAGGAGGAGACGUCCAAGCCAAUAGAGCAGAAGACGUCGGCCCAGCUGGCCAGGGAGUGGGGCCUGGAGGACGUGGACCACACCUUCACGGAGGGGGACUACAAGGAGCUGACCAACUACAAGGCCUUCAGCCAGGCCAUGAGGCCGAUGAUCGCUAAGAUCAAUCCUAAGAUCCCGAUGUCUAAGAUGAUGACCAUCCUGGGCGCCAAGUGGCGGGAGUUCAGCUCCAACAACCCCUUCAAGGGCAAUGCCGCCGCCGUGGCCGCCACCGCCGCCGCCGCCGCCAUCGCUGUUGCCGAGCAGGUCUCCGCGGCAACCGCCUGCCCCGAGCCCCUACCCCCACCCCCACCCCCACAGCCGCUGUUGCCGCCGCCCCUCCGUAGGGCCAAGACUAAAGAGGGCAGAGGACCGGGAUACAAGAAGCGCAGUAAAAGUCCUCGUGUUUCGGACAAGAGGAAGGCAGCGGCUCAGGCCAAAGCUAAGAAGAUGACCCCCAUACGCAUCAAACUGGGACCAACCGCCGGCAAGAGGAAGAAGAGCGUCUCUAGCGAGGAGGAGGAGGAGGAGGAGUCGGAGGGCCAGGAGGACUCCUCGGUGCACAGCUCCUCGGUGCACAGCUCCUCGGUGCGCUCCGACAGCUCGGCACGCGUGAAGAAGAGCAAGCGAGGACGGCCGCUGAAGAAGAAGAAGAAGGGUGAGCUGACCUGA